UAUUUUCUCUUCAGAUGAGUUGUAAUAAUUAUGAGAAGGUCUAAGUGUUAGAUUUUUGUUAGUUGAACAUCACAAAGCAAGCAGAAAGAAUUACAUUAGCCAUUGAUGCAACAGCUACAAGGCUGUAUGGUUAGGAGGAUCAGGGGCGGACUGACCAUUUGGAAACCCGGCCACUGCCCGAGGGCCCGGGAUGCCCCUGGUAGCUUUUUCAUAGGCUUUUUUGAGUUUGGGCAAGGACACAGGGGCCCCAUGAUCCCCUAUUGCCCGGGG